GGGAUCGCUGGCACCCGAAUUGGCGCUCACUGACCAGAAUAUCGGUGGUAUCUGAGCCACGCCCAGCACAGUGAAUCAGUGAUUAAGGACGUUAGCAGUGUGAGUGUUGUGAAAAUGAACAGAAAUCUACAUUCCCCGACCAAAUUGACGGAGUUCGCCAGAGAUUGGGAUGAGGAGCCCGAGACGCUGCUCUCCAAGUUUGUCACAAAAAUCACCAAUGCCUACAAUGCCAGCUACAACUCAGUCAAUGUGGCUCCUUCCACGUCCUCGGCAGAUCCGCCCAGGAUUCUCCAUCCAACAAUCGUCGAGGAGAGUCUCCAGGGCGCUUCGGCGAUGCCCAGCGGCGCCGCGGAGAGGGAAGGGACUCCCAUUGACGUGAGUGAGAGCAGUUACGCCAACACACCCACGGACUCAGCCUCGAUAGCUGAAUCGGCAGAGGUGAGAACUCCCACGAGCAUCAUGCAACGGAUCAGCAACUUGGUGGCCUUCGGGAAUCGCGACCUGCAGAGCUACAGAGACACGGAGCUGCAGAGAUUCUGGAUGCCGGACGCCAAGUCCAAGGAGUGUUACGAGUGCACACAGAAGUUCUCCACAUUCCGUCGGAAGCACCAUUGUCGCCUCUGUGGGCAGAUUUUCUGUUCCAAGUGCUGCAAUCAAGUGGUUCCCGGAAAGAUUAUCAAGUGCUCUGAGCCACUGAAAGUGUGCACAUAUUGCUCGAAGAUUGUUCUGCGCUAUCUCAAUUCACCAGAAAUUCAGCUCGACUUGAAGUCCGAUUUGCAAGCGUUGCAGGAUGAUUUGUCCAUCAAAUUGGCCACCGAAGGACCGAAUAUCAGCAGUCCUGACUUGUCUGUGAGUUCGCCGCUGAGGCGGAAGAUCUCAGUGGGAUAUCAGGAGGAGAAGCUGGUGUCGUAUCCCAACACAACGCUCACGAGUGGCGACAGGAAGACGAUUUUGCAGCAAUUGACAUCCCUGCAAUUGCUCAGCGAGGAGUUUCUGAAGAAUCUCCCAAUGCACAAUCGCGGAGGGGAUUUGGUGCGCUAUCUCAUGGCGAAUCAGAAGUCAUCGGACAGGAUGCAAGCCGAAGCCAUUCUCAAUACCAUGAUUGAGGCGGGAUUCCUGCUUGUCGUGCCGCCGGGCAGUGAAGAGGCGGAAUUUGAGGAGGACAGUCUGUACAAGACCAUCCAGAAGAGUGACAUUCUCUCCUCGCAGAUCUGUUCGCGCCACGGAGGACAGCAGAAUGUCGAUGUGUCCAUUGUGGCGCGUCCUGCCUUUGCGGAGGGAAACAUUUUCGGUGAUUUCCAGGACAAUUCCAUCAGUUCCAUCAAAGACUUCGAUCUGCAGAACAAUCUUCUGUCCACGGCGGGUUCCAAGCCACUCUUGGAGGCGUUCUGCACGCACGAGGAGCGUCUUCUGCAUCAGUUGCUGCGCAAUGAGAAUCUGGAUCCGGAGUGGUCGAAGAUUCUCAUUCCUUUGUGCGCCAGGGUGUCGAAUACCAUUAAGCCUGGCCAGUAUGGAGCGGAUCUCAUGGAUAUCCGUGGCUUUGUGAACUUCAAGAAAGUCCCUGGUGGCAAGAGAACCGAAUCCCAGAUCAUCGGCGGCGUGGCUUUCACGAAGAAUGUCGCGCACAAGGACAUGAUCACAAAAGUUGAGCGUCCUCGAAUACUUCUGCUGCAGUGUCCGAUUGUCUAUCAGCGCGUGGAGGGGAAGUUCGUGAGUCUGGAGACUCUCAUGCUGCAGGAGGAGGAAUAUCUGCGCAAUGUGACGGCGAGGAUUCGAAGUCUGGAGCCGAAUGUGGUGCUGGUGCAUAAGAAUGUGGCGGGAAUUGCCCAGGAUAUGCUGAGGAAGAGAGGAAUCACUCUCGUGCUGGACGUGAAAUUGUCUGUGCUGGAGAGAUUGUCGAGAUACUUGGAGUGUGACGUCGUUUCAUCCAUAGAUUCCAACAUUGGUCGUCCGACACUUGGUGUUUGUGAUAUGUUUUGCAUCCGGACGUUCACUGAUGAGCAAGGAGUGACGAAGACACUCAUGUUCUUCGAGAUGCCGUCGUCUCCGCGGGCUUUCUGUGUCCUCUUGAGAGGUGGGAAUAAUGCUGAAUUGACGAGAGUGAAGAGAGUGGCUUCUUUUCUCUUGUACGUGAGAUACAAUUGGCGUCUGGAGAUGUCAUUUCUGCUGGAUGAAUUCGCCAGACCACCAUCACCGAAGCCCAACAUCUUUGACUCCAAGGAGCAGUCACCGGUGAAGCCACUGGAGGAGGAAGAGGCCACGACGAAGAGCAAGUCGCUGAAGAGUCGCAUAGAUGAUAAGGCAAUUCACAAAGAACACGUUCCGGAUUGCUCAGAUCCGCUGAGAGCCACAAAUCCGCCAGCAAUCGAUCAAGAGCCAGAGUCUUCAGUUGUGGAGCUUCACGUGCAGCCACUGUAUGACAACAAAUUCCGAACAGCCCUGAGUUCGACGGUGCUUUCAGUGUCGCCAUUUGUCUCCUUUCCGCUGCCCUUCCUGGAGACGGAGAUUGGGCGGAAGUGUCACUUGCGGUCACGCUUUCCUAAUGAGUUGUACUACUCAAAGCAAUUCUCCAGUCCAAUCGAGAGGAUUCCCAGUCUCGAGGAGUCGACGAGAAGUGAGAUUAAGAAGGAUGUGGCGAUGGUGAAGAAGUCUCAUGACUUUGUUAAUCACAAGAUCACCAGUUCGAUGGAUAGUAAGGAUUUGCAGGGGCUUUUGGCGAGUUUCAGAGCGACUGGAGGUCGUCUGUUGAAGACCAGGCAAAUGAGGAGGCAGAAGAUUGAUGAGAAGAGUGAGGAGGAGAGUCAAAAAUGCCUGGAUUCCUUCAUCUACAAGGAUGCACUGGUCAUUGAGAAUCACCAGAGACUGCCUGUGCUGUUCUGCAGCUACAAUUACAGUCCGAAAUCCUCAUGCCACCAGCCGACAUUCUGUGCUCAGCCCUCUUUUCUCAAUAUGCAGUUCUACGGGCAGAAUGACAUCAUGCUGGGCCACUUCCUGGAGCGCUACUGCUUCCGCAGUUCCUACAUUUGUCCCUCGUGCAACUGCCCGAUGAUGGAUCACGUGAGGAGGUAUGUGCACUCGAUGGGAUGCAUCCAAGUGCAGCUGGCGGAGGAUCAGCAGAAGAGGAGUCCCGAUGGUGGCAGUAUUCUGAUCACUUCCUGGUGUUCUGUGUGCAAAGAGUCCACACCGAGUGUUCCCAUCUCCAAUGACACGCACUGUCUGUCGUUUGCCAAAUAUCUGGAGCAGCGCUUCCACGGACACGCGUACAAGAGGCGCGACGUGAGUGUCCAGCAGGAGAACAAUAAUGCCAAAUGCAAUCAUUCACUCCAUCGGCAGCACAUUCACUACUUCAGCCACAAGGGAAUUGUGGCCAGUUUCAUGUACACGCCAAUUGAGGUGUGGGAGAUUUCCCUGCCGCCGCUGGUGAUCCAGCUGAGGCGUGCCAAGCCGUAUGACAGCAACAAAGUGCUGGAGGACAUUAAGAUGUUCGCGCAGAAGGGAUACGAAGUGUAUGCGAAGAUUUACGAUCGACUGGCGCAGAUUUCGACGGAAGUGGAAUCGCCGAAGCUGCUGAGUCUCAAGAGUCUCGUGAAUCGGGAUCAGAUGAUCUUCAAGCAGCGUGUGGAGAUUGUCCAGACGCUGCUCACGGAGCGCGAGGUGAAUUCCAGGGACAUCAAUGAUGCCAUGCUGAUGGUGAAGAGAGCCUUGGCGGAGAGUAUUGAAGUUUGGGGUCCGCGUCUUCAUGAGGCGGAGAGUCAGACCAAGAAUUCCUCAUCUGUCGAUUCCGGGGCGGAUGUUGAGGAGGGCAGUGAAUCCACAGACGAUGGGGAUGAUGUGGCGGGAAAGGGAGUGAGUCAAGCUGUGGAUGUGAUUCAGAGUGAGAAGAAUAACAAGGACUUCUUCGAUAAGAAGACAGUGAAGAGUCUCCUGAGUCAAUUGCUUCCGUCUUCUGGCCAAGUGAACACACUCCAAUCACCGCUGCCACUGCAUGAACAUCACACGCUUCCGCUGGGUGCUUUUCCGAUUCUCGUUCACGAUCAGGAUCUCAGCUCGAUGAUUUCCUACAGUCUCAUGUCGAAUGACUACAAGAAGUGUCUGGAGAUCAUGGCGAUGCCACAGGUGUCGGAGAGUGGCAACAGUCCGAGUGUGAAGAGGAAGAGUGAGUCGUCGGGUGAGAAGGAGGAUCGUGAGAGUGAGAAGAGCAAAUCUUCCCAUCACAUUGAGCUCCACUUCCAGGAUUCCACCACGCAAUUCACCUGCAAAGUCUAUUUUGCGCGGGAAUUUGAUCUGCUGCGCAACAAAGUGCUAAUCCCACCGCCUGGACGAUUCUCCGGCGAGAAGGAGUCCAAGUCGAUGGAUGAGGUGACUGAGGAUGUGGCCAAGGCGACUGUCGAUCGGAAGUGCAGCAGCAACAGUCUGGGAAGUCAGGGACAGAAGCCGCCUGAGUAUCUCACGGCGGAGACUGAGCGGGUGCGACAGUCCUUCGCCCGAUCCCUGUGCCGCAGCAUCCAGUGGGAGGCGAAGGGUGGCAAGAGUGGCUCCAAGUUCUCCAAGACCACCGACGAUCGCUUCGUGCUGAAGGAGAUGACGAAGCAGGAUGUGGCGAUUUUUGAGAAUUUCGCUCCCAACUACUUUGACUACAUCCACGAUUGCCUGCAGCACGACAAGCCGACGCUUCUGGCCAAGAUCCUGGGCGUGUUCAAGGUGGUGGUGAAGAAGAAGGACAGCGAUCGAGAGAAAUCUGUGCUGGUGAUGGAGAAUCUCUUCUUCGAUCGUGAAAUCUCCAAUAAGUUCGAUCUCAAGGGAUCGGACAGGAAUCGCUUGGUGGAUCCGACAAAUCAGGAGGGAGAAAUUGUGCUGCUUGACCAGAAUCUCAUUCAAAUGUCGUGGUCAAAUCCGCUCUACAUUCUCACGCAUAGUCGGACUAUUUUGCGCGAAGCUAUUCAUCGGGAUGCGUCAUUCCUGGAGAAGAACGAUGUGAUGGAUUACUCUCUGCUGGUCGGUCUGGAUGGGCAGGAGAAGCUGCUCGUGCUGGGCAUCAUUGACUACAUUCGCACCUUCACGUUGGACAAGCGACUGGAGUCGCUGGUGAAGCAAACAGGGCUGCUCGGCGGCCAAGGGAAGCUGCCCACGGUGAUCUCGCCGAAGCCGUACAAGCAGCGCUUCAGCGAGGCCAUGGAGAGGUACUUCCUGGUGGUGCCGGAUCGAUGGGAGGGACUGGCGAAGAAGUGACAGUUCUAUUUCCUCAUGUUGUACACAAUAAAUCCACAAUAAUAAAAUCACUUUCACAUGCAA